AUGAUGGUGAUGAUGAUGAUGAUGAUGAUGAUUCUGAUGAUGAUGACGGACGUUGAUGAUGAUGAUGAUGUUGUUGAUGAUGAUGAUGAUCAUGGUGAUCAUGUUGAUACGAUGAUGAUGAAGAUGAUGAUGAUGAUGAUGAUGAUGAUGAUGAUGGUGAUGAUGAUGAUGAUGAUGAUGAUUACGAGGGUGAUAAAGAUGAUGAUGAUGAUGAUAAUGUUGAUGAUGAUGGUGAUGAUGAUGAAUGACGAUGAUGAUGAUGAUGAUGACUUGGAUGUUGAUGACUGGAAGGAUGACUCGGCUGAUGAUGAUGAUGAUGACCAGGAUCAUGAUGACGAUGUUAAUGACUGGGAUGAUGAUGAUGAUGAUCAUGAUGAUGACUCGCAUGACGAUGACUCGUGUGAUGAUGACGAUGUUGAUGAUGAUGAUGAACAUGAUGAUGAUGAUGAUGCUGAAGAUGAACGGGACGAUGACGACUCGGAUGAUGAUGACUCGUAUGAGGAUGACUGGGAUGAUGAUGAUGAUGAUGACUCGGAAGAAGACUCGGAUGAAAAUGAUUCGGAUGACGAUGAUUGGGAUGAUGAUGAUGAAGAUGAUGAUGAUGAUGAUGAUGAUGAUGAUGAUGAUGACUCGGAUGUAGAUUACACGGCUGAUGAUGAGUCGGAUUAUGACGAAGAUGAUGAAAAUUAUGAAGAUGAUAUAAAUGAUCAUGGUGAUGAAUCUGAUGAUGAUGAUGAUGAUGAUGAUGAUGAUAAUGAUGAUGAUGAUGAUGUUGAUGCUGAUGAUGAUGAUCAUCGACAUGAUGAUGAUGACCGGGAUGAUGAUGAUGAUGAUGAUGAUGAUGACGAUGAUGUUGACUGGGAUGAUAAUGAUGAUGAUGAUGAUGAAUCGGAGGAUGAUCAUGAUGAUCACUCGGAUGAUGACUCGGAUGACUAUGUCUCGAAUGAGGAUGACUGGGAUGAUGAUGUCCGGGAUGAUGAUGAAUCUGAUGAUGAUGAUGAUGAUGAUGAUGAUGAUGAAUUUGGUGAUGAUGACUCGUAUGAUGACUGGGAUGAUCAGGACUCGGAUGAAGAAUCGAAUGAUGAUGACUCGGAUCAUAAUGACGCUGAUGAUGAUGACUGGGAGGAUGAUGACUCGGAUGAUGAUGAUGAUGCUGAUGAUGACUCGCAUGACGAUGACUCGGUUGAUGAUGAUGAUGAUGAUGAUGAUGAUGAUGUUUAUGAUGACCGGGAUGAUAAUGAUGAUGAUGAUGACUGGGAUGAUGAAGUUGAUAAGGAUGAUGACUCGGAUGAGGAUGAUGACUGGGAUGAUGAUGAAUAUGAUGAUGACUCGGAUGCUGAUGAUGAUGAUGAUGAUGAAUCGGAUAAUGAUGAUGAUGAUGAUAACUCGCAUGACGAUGACACGCGUGAUGAUGAUGAUGAAUGUGAUGAUGAUGUUGAUGAUGAUCGGGAUGAUGAUGAUUAUGAUGAUGAUGACUGGUAUGAUGAUGAUGAUAUUGAGGAUGAUCAUGACUCGCAUGACGAUGACUCGGCUGAUGAUGAUGAUGAAGAUGUUGAUGAUGAUGAUGAUGAUGUUGAUGAUGAUCAUGAUGAUGAUGUUGAUGAUGAUGUUCAUGAUGAUGUUGAUGUUGACCAGCAUGAUGAUGAUGAUGAUGAUGAUGAUGAUGAUGAUGAUGAUGAUGAUGGUGAUGUUGAUCAUGACUCGGAUGACGAUGAAUCGGGUCAUGAUGAUGACCAGGAUGAUGAUGAUGACAAUGAUGACGACUCGGAUGAUAACUCGGAAAAUGAUGACUCGGAUGAUAAUGACUGGAAGGUUCAUGACACGGAUGAUGACGAUCAUGAUGAUGAUGACUCGGCAGAUGAUUCGGAUGAUGAUGACUCGGACGAUGAUAACACGUUUGAUGAUGACGCUGACGAAGAUGAUUCGGAGGAUGGUGAUGAUGAUGAUGAUGAUGAUGAUGAUGAAGAUGAUGACUCGGAUGAUGACGAUGAUGAUGAUGAAUCCGAUGAUGAUGGUGAUGAUGACAACUCGAAUAAUGAUCUUGAUUUUGAGGACUGGGAUGAUGACAAUUACGAUGAUGAUGACUCGGAAGAUGAUGAUCAUGAUUAUGAUGAUGAAUCGCAUGAAUAUGACACGGAUGAUAAUGAUGAUGAUGAUGAUUAUGAUGACUCGGUUCAUGAUGAUGAUGAUGAUGAUGAUGAUGAUGACUCGGAUGAUGACGAUGAUGAUGACGAUGAUAUUGAAUGGGAUGAUCAUGAUGAUGAUGAUGACGUUGAAUCGGAGGAUGAUGAUAAUGCUGACGACGAUGAUGAUGAUGAUGAUGACGAUGAUGACUCGGAUGAUGAUGAUGAUGACUCGGAUGAUGAUGAUGAUGACUCGGAUGAUGAUCAUGAUGACGAUGAUAAUGACUGGUGUGAUAAUGACGAUGAUGUUGAUGAUGAUGAACAAGAUGAUGAUGAUGAUGUUGACGAUGACCGGUUCGAUGCUGAUGAAGAUGACGACCGGGAUGAUGAUGAUAAUGAUGAUGAAUCGGAGGAUGAUGAUGAUGAUCACUUGGAUGAUGACUCGGAUGAUGUUGACUCGUAUGAGGAUGACUGGGAUGAUGAUGACUGGGAUGAUGAUGAUGAUGAUGCUGAUGAUGAUGAUGAUGACUCGGAUGAAGUCUCGGAUGAAGAUGACUCGUAUGACGAUGACUGGGAUGAUGAUGAUGAUGAUGCUGAUCAGUCGGAGGAUGGUGAUCAUGCUGAUGAUGAAGACCGGAAUGAUGAUCAUGGGGAUGAUGACUGGGAUGAUGACGAUGAUGAUGAUGAUGAUGACUCGGAUAUAGAUUACACGGCUGAUGAUGAGUCGGAUGAUGAUGAAGAUGAUGAAAAUGACGAAGAUAAUAAAAAUGAUGAUGAUGGUGAACCUGAUGAUGAUGAUGAUGAUGUUGAUGCUGAUGAUAAUGAUGAUGAUGAUCGAGAUGAUGAAGAUGAUGAUGUUGACUGGGAUGAUGAUGAUGUUGAUGAUGACCCGGUUGAUGAUGAUGAUGAUGAUGAUGAAGAUGAUGAUGAUGAUGAAUUUGAUGAUGAUGACUCGUAUGAUGAUGACGAUGAUGACUCGGAUGAUGAUCAUGAUCAUGAUGAUGGUGACUCGGAUGACGACUCGGAUGAUGAUGAUGAUGAUGAUGAUGAUGAUGAUGAUGACUGGGAUGUUGCUGAUGAUAAUGUUGAUUACUGGGAUGAUGAUGUUGAUUAUGUCUCGGAUCAUGAUGAUGGAGAUGAUGAUGACUGGCAUGACGAUGACUCGGGUGAUAAUGAUGAUGAUGAAGAUGAUGAUGAUGAUGAUCAUGGUGAAGAUGACCGGGAUGAUGAUGAUGACGAUGACUGGGUUGAUAAUUAUGAUGACGAUGAAGACUCGGAUGUAGAUUACUCGGAUGAUGAUGAGUCCGAUGAUGAUGAUGAUGAUGACUCGGAUGAUGAUGAUGAUGAUGAUGAUGACACGGAUGAUGACGAUGAUGAUGAUGAUGAUGAUGACUUGGAUGAUGAUGACUCGAAUGAUGAUGAUGACUCGGAUGAUGAUGACUCGGAUAAUGAUGACUCGGAUGAUGAUGAUGAUGAUGACCAGGAUCAUGAUGACGAUGAUGAUGACUGGGAUGAUUAUGAUGAUGACGAUGAUGCUGACUCGCAUGACAAUGACUCGUGUGACGAUGUUGAUAAUGAUGAAGCCUCGGAUGUAGAUGACUCGGAUGAUCAUGACUCGGGAGAUGAAGAUGACUCGGAUGAUCAUCAUGUUGAUGAGUCGGAUGAUGACUCGGAUGAAGGUGACUCGAAUGAUGAUGACACGGAUGAUGUUGAAUGGGAUGAUGAUGAUGAUGGUGACUCGGAUCAUGAUGAGGAUGAAUGUGACCGGGAUGAAGAUGAUGAUGAUGAUGGUGACUCGGAGGAUGAUGACUCGGAUAAUGAUUAUAAUGAUCAUGACUCGGAGGAUGAUGAUGAUGAUGAUGAUGAUGACUCGGAUGAUGAUCAGUCGGCUGAUGAAGACGAUGACGUUUCGGAGGAUGGUGAUGAUGAUUUGGAUGAUGAUGAUGAUGACUCGGUAUAUGAUGAUGAGUAUGAUGAUGAUGAUUCGGAUGAUGAUGACUCGGAUGAUGAUGACUCGGAGGAUGUUGAUCAUAAUUUGGACGAUGAUGACUCGGAUGACGACUCGGAAGAUGAUGAUGAUGAUGAUGAUGAUGAUGAUGAUGAUGAUGAUGAUGAUGACAGGGAUGAUGAUGAUGAUGAUGAUGAUGAUGAUUCGCACGCUGAUGAUGAUGAUGAUGAUGAAUCGGAUGAUGACGAUGAUGGUGAUGAUGAUGGUGACACGGAUAAUGAAGAUGAUGAUGAUGAUGGUGACUCGGAGGACGAUGACUCGGAUAAUGAUUAUAAUGACGAUGACUAG